GGUCUGUUUUAUGAGCAUAACACUACGCCGAAACUCGCUGGUUAAAGAAGAACAGCACAUCACUUUGUCAAGACAGGAUCAAGCUGCUUGGGAGGAAUUAACUCAAACCGUGAAUUCAAGGUCUCGUCGUAGUUGUCGCUCUGUCCAAGCCCUCGCGCCCUCCCUCACCACAUCGUCCGUCAUGUCUGAAAUCGAGGACAUCUUUGCGGGCAAGAAGUCUGCCACGACCGCUACUACCGUCAUAAACGGGGGAGAAGACAAACCCAAGAAGGACAAGAGUGGCCAGGCAAAAGUCAACAAGGGAAAGAAGAAGGCGUCUGAGAAUCAACUCGCUGCCUCAGUAGCAAGUUCGACCGUUGGCAAGAAGGGCAAGAUAGUCAUGACUGCGAGCUCGCGAGAAGCGGUUCAGAGUGCCAAAGCAGAUCCUUCAAAUGAUUCUGAAAAAGUUUCCGGAAAGCGAGGAAAGGAAGAGAAGACUGCUUCAAAUGCAAACAACGCAAUACUUUCAAAGAAAAGGAAAAAGGCUCCUGAAGAGAUCUUCGAUCCGUCGCUCGGAGAAGGCACCAGCACAAAGUCAAAACGACCGUCGGCAAAAGCACCCAAAGCAUACAUGGAUGCUAUCACUUCCUCGAGCUCCGUACCUGACUCUUCAACACGUGGGCGAAACGGGCUCAAACGCGGCAGGCCGUACGUCGCUCCUACAUCAGGCAUGGACGACUCGAAUGCCGCAUUUGCGGAUUCGCGCGGCAUCAUUGCUGACUCGAAACGAAAACGGACAGAGGAAGGGUUCCUGGUGUAUACAGAGGAAGAACUUGGGAUAAAUAGGCCUGAUGCGGGUGAGACGGACCUAUGCCCCUUUGAUUGCGAUUGCUGCUUCUGAUCCUACGCUGUAUCCUAGGCGCGGUAUACGAUGGCAAACAAGAUCACAACAUGUGUGUGCAUAUAUCUUUCUUUGGUCCACUACACCUCGUUUGCCAGUAAAAGUUUCCC